AUGUCUUCGGGUUCUUGUGAUUCAGAUUGCCAACCAAAUGGAAGUAAAACAAAAAUCCAUUCCGAUGAAGCAAGGUACGUUUGGACGAUUGAAGAUUUCGAUUUUCACGAGGCCAAAGGCGAACGAUUAUUUUCACCUCCGUUUUCAUCUGUUAAGAAUAAUCAAGUUAAAUGGUACUUGGAACUUUAUCCGAAUGGUAAAACCGAUGCAAAAGAUUCUGUCAGUUUGUUCAUCCGUUUGAAUAAACUCAGCAGUUUUGAAAACAGCAAAAAAAUAUUCGCGAAAGCUACGUUUCUUAUUUUAAAUAGCGAAAAUGAAGAAGAAGCCGAGCGAUCUUUCGACACCGUUAAGGAAUUUUCUCAUCCUGACAUUAAGAAAAUUGGUUUGGGCUUCAAAGAAUUCGUUAAAAAAGAUGAGAAGUUUAGAAACAAGUUGCUGUUGAACAAUACAUUGACGAUUCGCUGUGAAGUGAAGUUUUCUGAUAUGAACAAUAUCACUAGUAGUCCUCAUCAACGUGACAUUGAUAUUGAAAUGCCCGAAUGA